UUUGCCUCCUGUCACCCAAGCACUCCUUAUCAACUCCCACCCCCAUUACGACCAUCAGAAUGGACGCCUGCCUGCAAAAGUUCGAGACGAGCAUGGGGUCCGCGCCGACCACGCCCACCUCGUCCGAGCAAGUCACAACUCGCCGCGUUGCGCACUGGGACAGCAAGCGCGAGAAGUGCAAUAACUGCGAGCUCAUCUACCUCAAGACACUGAGCCAGCACGCGGGCUUCUGCUCCGUGGACUGCAAGUCCAACAUGGUAUAUCUCCAGAAGGUUAACCGUACCAUCCGCGCCAUGAAGGACGCGGUCGAUGAACGCCAACGCGUACAAGAGCAAGAGGUUCGCGAGGAACCAGUGACGCAACAAGAGCCACAGCCGGUCGAGGUCGAGCAACAGUCUGCUGCCAAGAUGCAGCCCGUGGCCUCCCCCAAGACCGACGUUGCUGCCCCCGAACCUGUGCACAGCUUGAAGCAUGCGCAGUCGUUUGCUGAGUUUGGUCUUGAAACUCGCGUGCUGGACGCCAGCAAUGUCGAAUGGUCUUUCAGCGCCGUGUACUAAAAAACUGAGAGCCAAUUGUAAAUUUAGAGCCUCACGAUAGAGUUGUAACGUGAGAUGUAGAAAAGUCUGAAGCUUAUAAGCUGCAUUUAUAAACAUAGAUUGCU